UGGAGAAGAUUACCAAAGGAUAAUCGCGGAAAUUGAAAAAAAUAUUCCCCCUAAUGAAAUGCCACAUUGUGUAAUAACACAUGAUGAAACAACAUUAGACGCAAACGAUGAUAAAAAGACCGGAUGGACUCCUGAAAGUGAACAAAAACUACAUCCAAAAGGACGAGAACAACACUUAUCCUAUCCAGAAAUUCCAAAUAGAUAUGUUACAGAAAUUCUUGAAGUUGGUGCAAACCACGACAGUUAUUGGAAUAUUCAAUUGCUUGCUAAACAACUUAAAUACGCGAUUGAUAUUUUGGAAAUUGCACUUCCCAAUACAAUCUUUGUUUUUGGGUUUGAUAAUAGUUCUAGUCAUAGUGCCUUCACAGAAGAUGUGUUAGUAGCAAGUAGAAUGAAUGUAAAAUAUGAUGAAAAACAGCCACGAAUGCGUCUCGGUCAAUUACCUGAUAGUACCCCUCAAGAGAUG